AUGAGUGACUGGAGCGCGCUGGGGAGACUUCUUGACAAGGUCCAGGCGUACUCCACGGCAGGAGGCAAAGUCUGGCUCUCCAUUCUCUUCAUCUUCAGGAUCCUGGUCUUGGGGACGGCGGUGGAGUCCGCCUGGGAAGACGAGCAGUCGGCGUUCACGUGCAACACGCUGCAGCCCGGCUGCGUGAACGUGUGCUACGACAAGUCCUUCCCCAUCUCACAUGUGCGCUUCUGGGUGCUGCAGAUCAUAUUUGUGUGCAUGCCGACCCUCCUGUACCUCAGCCACGUCGUGUUCCUCGUGCACAAGGAGGAGAAAUUGAAUAAACAGGAGGAGAUGUUACGAGAUAUCCAGAGCAAAGGAGGAGAUGUGGAUGUGCUCUUGAAGAAAAUUGAAACGAAGAAGUUCAAGUACGGCCUGGAAGAUCACGGGAAGAUCAAAAUGAGAGGAGGGAUAUUUUACACGUACGUCGUGAGCAUCGUCUUGAAGUCCAUGUUUGUAAUUGCUUUCCUGUUGAUUCAGUGGCAUCUUUAUGGAUUCAAGCUGUUGCCCGUUUAUGACUGUAAAGAUUCCCCUUGUCCACAUACAGUCAAAUGCUAUUUGUCUCGUCCCACCGAGAAGACUGUGUUUAUCAUCUUUAUGUUGGUCGUGUCACUUGUCUCUCUGGCCCUCAAUGUCUUUGAGUUUUUUUUACGUGAUUUUGAAGAGGGUGAAGGAUCGUCCCACCCAGCGUUCUCCAUAUUCUCAGGAUCUUCUGUAGCUCGAGGAGCUUGAACCUCGACCCAGUAGACGAGCGAGCAGUCGGACCCGGCCCGAUGAUCUUCACAUCUAGCAGACCCCUCAAACAC